AUUCGAACCAGGAUCUCUAGUGGCACAGUUAGCACUGCGAUGCAGUGCCUUAGACCACUGCGCCACUCAGGAGUUAUACCAAACCUAUAACCACCAUACACAUAAUGAUGUCUUAUGUAAAGCUACUGCCACACUGUAAGGUCAUAAUGCCACCCAUGCAUGAUGCAUUGGACUUGAUAGACACUAAACAACACAGACAACUUUGAGUCUGAAGUGGUCCCCCCCCCGCUUCACCAGUAAGCACAGUGUACCAAGAUCUGCUAAAGGGACCGGCACGUGCUUCGACUGAGGGAGCUGAUCAAGCUCAGACCAUGCACGAGCAGACAAAAAGAAAGCAGAGAGGAACUGACAUGUAUAUGAAAACUUAACCAUGCUUUUUAUUUUCUCCCCCAUAUUGGACUAUCCUCUAUUAAACUUGUCUCUGUUAUUUGUGUGUGUGAUUUGUUGUAGUGGAGAAGGCAAAAGCAGAGCCCCCUCCUUGAUGGCUGAAAGUGGUCCUCUGCCUGCCAACAGGGGAUUGUAGACAAUUACAAAAGGCCAGCAAGCGUUCAAGCAGCCCCCCCAACCCCUUCUCUUUCUCUUUUUUCUGUGUCGUUUCUUUCUUUCUCUCUCAUUUUCUAUUCUCUAUGUAUUUGAGUUUAAGUGGAUUGCAGUAGUUUAGAUAUUACCAUAAGGCAUAUCACAUGUAUAACACGUUAUUUGACUACUCACAAGUCUAUUUAUCAAAAUAGGUAUUUUAAUAAUCUGACCUGUGUAACAUCCAAUCUGGUUUUCUCAUUGGAUCCAAAUGGUAAGAAAAAAAACAUAGCAGAGUCACUGAACAGUGAACAAUACACAUAUGUCUCAAUGACACAGCUAUUGCUACACCUGCAUUUCAUACUUUUUUCACCUUUAGCGUUAAGGCACUUCCUGGUUUUGGGAGUUGGGUGAACCCUUGUCACAAUAUACUAUCCAAUUUUAAUUUAGCUAAAAAUUAGAUGCACUCACUCAACAUUCGCUGUCCCUCAAAUUGGCAGAUUCAAAUAGCUAGGCUGUGUUUUCUAUGUUGACCAGUGAUACUGUACUUUAAGGUUGCUGACUAUCUAGUUGUCAUUAAUUGUUUUAGAUAUCCACCCACAUGACAAUGGCAAUUGGUUCAGUGCUCUCUCUUUAACAGUGGUCUUUCUUUUUUGUUGUUGUGUUUUACAGUUCUUUUUCCUGGCUCAGCCAGUCCUGUAAACCAGGCCCCGCUGAAAAUACCACCCAACCGUUUUGUCUCCUGCAGCUAAAUUCUCUCUCCUAUGUGCCCUUUUAAAAUGUUUUUUUUUGUAUGUGUGUCUGUCUGGGUGUGUGUAUGUUUGUGCGUCUUCUGUAAAAAAGACAAUUGUUUCUUUUUUUCAUUGCAUCUUGAUUAAGAUAUUUGUAUGUUUCCUUUUUUAGGUAGCAAUGGCAACAUUGAGAUUUGAAACCAUUACAUUUUUUGCCCUAUAUUAGUCAAACAGACAUAAAAAAAACAACAAGCUAAUCUAAUGUUGCCAAGUUGAUUAUUAAACUAAAUCAAAAAGCAUUGGUAAAUUUUUUGCAGAUUUGAUGCGGUGACAAGUAAGGUUCUUGGGAGCGUAGAUAUCACCUACCUAGAAUUUGAUUGCUAGCUAGUUUAUUAUUUUCUACGUGUUGCUGGUAAGUAGUAGAAACUGUGACUGUACAGUAUUUACUGUUGACCUCCGACUCUAUGAAAUUAUUUUUGUUUUGUGUAUCUCGAUUUUUUUUUUUCUCUGUGUGCUCCUUAGUAGUGAAGCCGCCAACGUGAGUCGCUUGUUCAAUCUAUAUGAAAAUUGAGAGCACACCCCACUGGAGAAGCCGCUGUGCUAGCUAACGUUUGGUUCAUGACUUAAAAUACACGUUCAGGCGUUAUCCCAGAGGAGGCUAAAGCUUUGUCACUGCUGGCGCCAGCAAAUGCUGUUGCAGGGAUUAUGUCCGGAGGAGGUCUCCUUCCAACACCUAACCCCAUGUCCAAUCCACAGGUAGGACUUCUCCCAACACCAAACCCCAUGUCCUAUACACAGAUGGGAGGCAAUCCUUUCGGUGGUCCCACCAUGGAUGCGAUGGCAGCGUUCGGGUUUUCAAACCCCAAUAUGAAUAUGAAUAUGAAUCCCCAGUCUUUUCCCACUGAGCAGCUUCUGAAGUUUAUGACUCAGGUGGAUCCAAAAAUGAACCACAUGGGUGUAGGGAUGAACAUGAAUCCGGGCCUGAAGACAGACUCCUCCAACAAAGAGAUAGAAGUGGCCAUGAAGAGGGUCAGAGAGGCCCAGUCCCUAAUCUCUGCUGCCAUCGAGCCUGGCAACAAGGAGAGCAAGAGGAAGCACUCGCGUUCCAGGUCCAGGUCCAGACGCAGAAGGUCCCGCUCUCGCUCCAGACACAGGCGUUCAAAGAGCAGGUCUAAGCGACGCUCGCACUCCAGGAGCAGGAGACGCUCCAAGAGCCCCCGAAGGAGGAGUGGGAGGUCCCACUCCAAAGACAGGAGCAGACCGUCACCAAGCAAAUCCAGAGAUAGGAAGAAAGAGGAGCGGGAUAAAAAACGCUCUAAAACCCCUCCGAAAAGCUACAGUACUACCAGGAGGUCCCGCAGUAUAGAUCGAAGGCGGAGGAAGAGUCGCAGCGCCAGCCGAUCUCCUAAGAAAUCCCCCAAGAGGAAAGUCUCCAGGACUCCCUCUCCUAGAAGACAUAAGAAGGAGAAGAAGAGGGACAAGGAAAGAGAGAAUGACCGGGAUCGUGAGCGCAGGGGCGAUAAAGACCGCAGUCGGGAGGAACGGAAGGAAAAGAAAGAAAGGAGUAAAGAUAAGGAACGGGAACGGGAAAAGAAAACUGAUGGAGAGAAAGGCGACGUGAAGACAUCUUUGCAGGUCACCAGAGACUAUGAUGAGGAAGAGCAGGGCUACGACAGUGAGAAGGAGAGGGAGAGGCUGGACAAGAAGGAUUCCGACCAGGACUCCGGAGCCCAGUCUCCUCACUCGGUGGAAGGCAAUGGCACUGGGACUCCCAAAGUCAAUGGUGACGACCACCGCGAAGAGGAUGACAUGGAUGUCAGUGAUUGAGUCACCCAAUUAUAGAGACGGCUGCAUAGAUCUCUAUGUACCCACCCUCCAUUGUACCCAACCCUCCAUGCCCCACUGACCUUACUGUAUACAGGCUUCAAUCAACUCAACUCCAUCCCUCUUUAUCACAGUUGAAUUGUUAGCUUCCUUUUGGACUGACUAGACAAAAUAAGAUCAAUUAGAAGAUUAACUGAAAAUAUGAACCUUAAGAUUUUUCACAGUUUUGUCCAUUUUCUGUUUGUACGGUGUGUGUGUGUACAUGAUUCAUUAUUUUGUCCUAUUUCGGUGGUGAAAAUGUGAAAAGGUGUGGUUGAUUGAAAGGUUUAUUUCUGUAAUUUUAAAAGUGGAUACUCUGGCAAGUGUGCAACUCGUGAUUUUUAUUCUUUGAUUUUUUUUGUUGCUUAAAUUAUGAUAAUUGCAUUUGUGUAUCUUACUUUUGUGUUUUAUCUAGUUUCUACACAUUGCUGGGAGCAGAAGCAGCCAGUUGCACUGCUUAACAAAUUCACUGUAUGUCCAUUUCAUCAGACAUGGCUGCUAGAUGGAGCAGUUUGCUGUGGACUUAGAUUUUCAUUCUUGAGCUUCUUUCUGUAUUGUCACCGCAAUAAUUCACCAUUUACUAUUUUCUGUCACUCCUGUAUGUGGUAUAUGGUGUUCAUAUCCCAUCCGUUAUGAUACGGAAGAUGUAUAGUGAGUCUUGUGGUGCUAUAAUAACCACUCCUUAUAGCUCACCUACUCGCAAUACCCAUUAGAUCUAAUGCUUGUUGUUAUUCUUAUAAGUUUGUAUUGUGUUUUAUUAGUGAUUCUUUUAUAUACAAUAAAAACCUAUCUGGGUAAAGA